AUGUUCCCGAGUUGGCUCGCGAGCUCGGCGUCGGAGUCCGACGACGACGCCGACGCGCGCGAUGACGACGACGUCCACCGCGCGCGCUCGUCGUCACCGAACGGUGCGCGAGGGAGCGAACGAUCGAGAUUACGAGCGAUCGGCACGACGGUGAAACACGAAGCCAAGGACCGGCUCGGACGCUUGGUGAAGAGCGACGGCGCGAGCAAAGCCGUGGACGCGGUGACGCGAUUCAUCGUCGAUCCGAAGAGUCACGGGGCGAAUGAGAGGGUAGAUGCGCUCAAGGCGCGGACGAAGGCGCUGUGGACGAACGCGCUGAGAGACGACGAAGAGAAGAUUGAGAGGGCGAAAAACGUGACGACGAAGGCGCUGGAGAUCACGGAGAGGUUGGCGUUGAGCGCUGAUCCCGAGGGUGAGGUGGCGCACACGUUCGCGGACGCGGCGAGGCGGAUGAAGGGGAUCGUGCAGGGUUCUAAGAAUCGAGAGGAGGCGCUCGAGCUGAGUAAGACUUUAGGGAAGGACGUGUGGGAGAAGCUCAGCGAGCGAGCAAAGGGGAGCAAUCACUUUUCGGGGAUAAAGGGUACGGUCGAGCGAAUCGUCGAGCGCGUGAAGGGGUUGAUGGAGAAGCUCAAGGAGGAGAAGUUAAAGCGAGACGAGGCGGCGGCGAUUUCCUCCGUGCUAAACGCCGGAGGGAACGUCUCGAGCGAAGAGAUCGAUACGAGGCUCAAAACUCUGGCGCAGGAGAGCAAGGACGUGUGGAGCGAUCUACGGGCGGACGCGCAGCUCAAGGAGCUGAUGCGAGAGGAAAUCGUGCCUGGAUUUGAGCGAUUGAUUCGAGGCGCCGUGCACGUCUCCUGCGAGCUCAUGUCCAAGCUCGAGCUCCCACGCGUGGACGGUGUUUAUGACUCCCCGAUCGGCUCGGUGUGUUACCACGUCGAUAAUCUCAGAUUCACGGAGUUCAAAAUAGACAAGGAGUCGCUACGAGUGCACAACCACAUGGAUGAGGACGACGAGGGCGCGGGGUUGAGCACGACUGUCGAAGUCACGGACAUCAACACAGUCAUGAAGGACGUGGAGUUCGCCUACUGCGAGUUCCCGCGAAACUGGGGCGUUGUCGACGGCGAGGGCUUGUGCACGGUUACCGUGGACGGGGCGAGCGUCGGGAUUACGUACGAGAUCAUCAUCAACACGCAGCAGCUCAUGAAGCUAGUAAAUCAUGGAGUGGAGUUGGCCAAGGAUGACGCGAAACUCGCGGAGACUAAGGCGAAGAUUGAGACAAAAUUGAAGGAGAGAAAGGAAGCGAAGGAACGCGAGGCCGCGGCGAAGGCUUCAAAGGAAGCGGCGGCACCCGUGAAUAUUCCAAGCAAUGACGCGCAAAACGAUAUUCGCAAAUCCCCCGAUUCGGUGAAGAGCGAAGAGUUUGGCUCACCGCAGGGUGAGGUCGAUGCGUUGGGCUCUGCCCUGGACAGAGCGUUCGGGGCGAACAUGUUCGCCGACGCGAGCGCUGACGUUGAUUCCCCGCCCAUGUCGCCGACAGCGUUCCAUGAUGCCACGGAUGAUGCGCGCUUGUUGAACGCUGAAGAAAAGCUCGCUCGCAACCGGAAGGUGGUGGGUGAAAUACUUGGAGACGACUUCCUCGGCUCGGAACCAGUGCUGGAACUUCGCGUCCAUACGACGCACAUUCAUAUCGGCGAACUCGACGUGCAAAUCAGCGGCACCUCCGCAGCGUGGCUGUACAAUAUGAUUGCGCUCGUUCUGACUCAGCAGCUCCGCGGCACCAUCGAAGAGAAAAUCAACAACAUCACCGUCAAGCAGCUCGCGCGCGUGAGUGGCACCGUCGCCGCGUACAGCGCUGGUUUGAUUGAGUUGUCCAUUUAUCAGGACGAAGAAUCCGACGACGAGUUCGGGUCCAUGCUCUCCGGCGUCACUGGUUCCUUGCGAGAAAAUCCGGGCGUCUGGGGCGAGGACUGGCGGUGUUCACACUGCCCCGGCGAGGCCCCCGAACACGUCGAGGCGCGUCGAAAAUUCGGUUCUCGUUCGCAGUCAAAAUCUUCCUUCGGCACCGGCCUCGACGAGAUUGUGGAUGAGGUGGAGAGACUUGAGCGCGCCGCCGCCCAACAACAGGCGGACGGUCACUUAGAAGACGACGACGUCGACUGGCACGACAUUGCCAGCCCGAUGUAG